UCUGUCAAACACAGGCCGCCAUGUUCUGUCCCCAGGGGCUUGUAGAUUUCUUGGAGCGGAGUCUGCCACGCCGAGGAGUGCGUAAACAGUGUUCUGGGCUUCAAACUUCGCGCUGGGUUUAUCCUAAAGAACUGAACUAAUCGCUAUGAGCCACCCGUCCUCUGCGGGCGGCGGGGGCGGAGGACUUGGUGCCGGGAAAGCAGGAGGAGGAAAGCACGGAGGUUCGGGAGGAGCUGCGGCCGCCGCUGCUGCAGUCGCCGCCGCGGCCGCCGGAGUAGGAUCUGUGGCCGGGUCUGUCUCGGCUCUACCUGCCGCUGUUGUUUCCUUGCCCUCAGCAGUACUACCUGGACAAUCUGCUGAACUUACAGCCUUGUUUGAGUGCCCGGUUUGUUUUGACUACGUUCUGCCACCGAUUCUGCAAUGCCAGGCCGGGCAUCUAGUUUGCAACCAAUGUCGUCAAAAGCUGAGUUGUUGUCCAACUUGUCGAGGCCCUCUUACCCCGAGUAUCAGGAACUUGGCUAUGGAAAAAGUUGCCUCUACUCUACCGUUUCCUUGUAAGUACGCAUCAGCCGGCUGCCUGUUGUCCCUCCACCACAGUGAGAAGCCUGAACACGAGGAAGUGUGUGAGUUCCGUCCCUACACCUGCCCGUGCCCCGGAGCUUCCUGUAAGUGGCAGGGCUCCCUGGAGGCUGUCAUGCCCCACCUGAUGCAUGCCCACAAGUCCAUCACCACCCUGCAGGGAGAGGACAUCGUCUUCCUGGCCACAGACAUCAACCUGCCGGGGGCUGUGGACUGGGUCAUGAUGCAGUCCUGCUUCGGCCACCACUUCAUGCUGGUCCUGGAGAAGCAGGAGAAGUACGAGGGCCACCAGCAGUUCUUUGCUGUGGUGCUGCUCAUCGGAACGAGGAAGCAGGCCGAGAACUUCGCCUACCGCCUGGAGCUCAACGGGAACCGGCGGCGCCUCACCUGGGAGGCCACGCCCCGCUCCAUCCAUGACGGCGUAGCGGCCGCCAUCAUGAACAGCGACUGUCUGGUGUUUGACACGUCCAUUGCUCACCUGUUUGCUGACAACGGCAACCUGGGGAUCAACGUCACCAUCUCUAUGUGCUGAGCUGCUCAGAUGUGGAAACACACAUACCCGUGCGUAGAAGUUACACACCUCUCGUUCUCAGACUUACACACAAACCAGUAUACAGUUACUGACUGCUGUGUGAUGCAGUAGAGUGUGUGUGUGAGAGGACAGGUAGGAGAUCGAGAGGAUAUAUGUGUGUGUGUGUUGCUGCUUGAGCCUUGUUGGCUCCCCAUAAUGCUUGAAUGGAGACUGGCCUGUAGUGUAGUUUCAAGGUGUGUGCCUGUUCUCUCAUUGUGUGUGCUGGAGACAGUGUACAGUAGCUUACAUGUGGUGGGCUUGUAAUGAUUGAUUCCCUACCUGUGCCCAGGUGAGUUUGCCUUGCUCCCAGGACCCCACAUCCCUCUUCAACUGCUCCCACCCCGCUCACCCCCACCACCUCUUCUGCCCAGCCAACCGGUGCCAGGCAAGGAGGGCACUGCCCAGGGUAAGAAGAGGCGGUCCGUCAAUCUGCUUCCACCCGGCAGAUUCAGAGAAGCUCCACUUCAACAGCCAGUGGCCCCUGCAGAUGCAGCUUUCUAAUCCUCACAGCAAAUCAAGUUUCAGUAAAUUGGACAGUGGACAAAUCGGGGCUUCAGAGACACAUGUGGGCAGAGUCGGGGCCUGAUGGUGACCAAUGCGCUGCCUCCCAGUCUGGGUUAGUGUGAGCUGAGGGGUUGCUCAUGCUCUGCUAAAGGAUUACACAGACUACAAACCAACUCCUUACUGUUCAAAACAGUAAGCUGCAAAACGCAACCAUUUCCAUAAGUAUGUCAUGCUUAUUAAAACAAGCCUAUUGUAUGCCCAGAGUGUCUAUGAAAUGAAGAUGACACUGUAACUGAGAAGUUGUGUGUAUAAUAUACACUGAGUGUACGAAACAUUAGGAACACCUUCCUAGUAUUGAGUUGCAUCCCCUUUUGCUCUCAGAACAGCCUCAAUUCGUCUGGGUAUGGACUCUACAAGGUGUUGAAUGUGUUCAACAGGGAUGCUGGCCCAUGUUGACUCCAAUGCUUCCCACAGUUGUCAAGUUGGCUGGAUGUCCUUUGGAUGGUGGACCAUUCUUGAUGCACACGGGAAACUGUAAGCAUGAAAACCUCAGCAGUGUUGCAGUUCUUGGCACACUCAGACCGGUGCGCCUGGCACCUACUACCAUACCCCGUUCAAAGACACUUAAAUAUUUUGUCUUGCCCAUUCAUCCUCGGAAUGGCAUACAUACACAAUCCUCAUCUCAAUUGUCUCAAGAAUUAAAAAUAUUUUGCUAACCCAUCUCCUCCCCGUCAUCUACACUGAUUUGAAGUGGAUUUAACAGGUAACAUCAAUAAUGGAUCAUAGAUUUCACCUGGUCAGUCUGUCAUGGAAAGAGCAGAUGUUCCUAAUGUUUUGUACACUCAGGCGAUUGAUCCUGAGAUUGUAAGCAUAUCUGUCCAGCAUGUAGAAUAAAGAAAGAUUAGAUUUUUGGUCAUCAUAACGUAUCAUAAAGGUUUCAUAAGUCCUUCGUAAUGAUGGUAUGAAACCUCUCGUGUAACCCCUGUUCGGUAAAACCCUAGUGCCUAGUUAUUCACAUGGAUUCUGUAUGACAAUACAAACAACAAAUGUAAAACAAACUUAAGUUGAAUAUUUACAUUCUCAAACAACAAAAGCAUGUUACUUCUCCAAAGUCACAAGUUCUGUUGUUUAUACCCUGACUGAUCAAAGGUUAGCUUGUUUGCUAACAAUGAAGUCCCACGCCUUUUUGUAUGGUCAUUUUCAUUUAAAUCCCUGAAUGAAAGACCGGACCUUGCGACUAUAAGAUUCUAUCUUCCAUUUUGGUCAAAAAUGAGUUAUUCAGAUAGUUGGUCUUUUGGUGGUCCUUUACAUGUGAGAGAGGUCCGGUUUGUAAUGGAAAGAAAAUGAAUAAAUUGUAAGUUCUAUUUGCGCAAACACCUUUUUAACUUUAAGGUUCUAUCUGCAAUCCAUUCACAAUGCUGGGUUGUCAAUCAAAAAUAAUUGCAUGUAAGGUGAUAUACUUAUUGAGUCAUAAAAGUGUAACAUCGCAAAACAGUUCUGAGAUCUGGGACUUGAAAAUGAUUCCAUCUAGAAACGAUAGAUUUUGCAGAUAGAACCUUAUAGUCCCAAGUUCUUGAUUAUUAUAUCAUAGGUUCGUUCUGGUCCUCUUUUUCAAUUCAAAAAUUUUUUCUCACCACUUUUUCAGAACAAUGGCCAUAAUGUAAGGUUAAAAACUAAUAAAUACAGGUGCAUUAGAGCAUAUUUUAGGCACUUAGAGGCAUUACUGUUUUUGUCUUGUUCUAUAUCAAUACGAAAACCUCCAUGGAGGAGAAAUUUAACAGAUUUUAUCGAUUAAUAGCAAGUAGUUUACUGACCUUGUGUCAGAGACCAGAACAGUAUCAGUUUACUCAUCCAUAGCUAAGCUUUAACAAUGUUACUAGUUUCUCCGUAGGAUAUAGUGUAUUUGCCAUUUUGGGGAACUUUCGCUUUAACAAAUGUGAUGAAUGUUAAUUAAGAAAGAAUAAUUCACUACAAAACAGUUCUGAGAUGUGUGGACUUUUAUGCUCAAUAUCUCAGAACUGCUUUGCGCAGAUAGUCCCAAGGUCUCGAGGUGUCAUGCUAUUUAAAAUAUGACAUUAUGUUCACUUCAUGAUACAAGUCAAGUCUCAUUUUAUUGUGUGUGUGCGUUUGUGAAUACUUCAAUGUUUGCUUUGAAGAUGAGGUUAUUGUCAAGGUUUAAAGCACUGAGAAUGUUCUGGAGCAAGUCCCACAGUACCACCACGGUUGGGAUUAUUUAUGCUGUGUUUUUCUCUGCAUACACUCCUUACCAACAGAGAACAGUAUGGAGGAGGCACGCAUUUGUAAAUACACACAUUUUUCUUAUUUGUUCCUGUGUAACAAUUCUCUUAAUCGUUGAACCUGGUUUACCUUCAAUUAUUUUAUGCUCUGAUAUACUGUAAUAUGGGGGUAGUUUUCCUGUUGUGUCAGUCAACCCACCACAGCCUUACUUUUGUAUGUAUCCUAACUUGCAUGUCCUGCGUUGGGAGGGCAUCUCUGAGGACUGACUCAGACCAACCCUCAGUGUCUUGAACAGACUCUCGGUUUGAGUGGACUUCGGGGCAAAAAUGGGCAUCCCAUAGUAGUGUAGCCAUGUACCUUCACCCUCACCUGGCAUCAUAGUAACCGAGCAAGUACCCACCUUUCCAUGAAAUACCUCUGACGUCGACCACGGAUAUGUCUGUAAUCCAACAGUCCUCUCCUGCUCGCUCUCCUGAUGUCCUGCAUGGGGGGAGGGAUCCCCACUACUUUCCCACAAACCCCUGCAGUAUACCCAGAAACAUCCUCUGCCGAUCACCUCUGCUCCACUGCUCUCGUCUUUCUUAUAAACAUUUGAAAUAUGUAAAUGUUGGAUGACCAUAUUUUCUAAAAGAUAGUAUGAGGAUAUUCUGUUAAUUUGAGCGCUAUGUAUGUGUUCAUGGUUACUCCAACUGUGGUACAGAGGUUUUGAGGUUAUUUUGAGCUGUUGUAACUACCUGCCAUUCUGCUCUAGUGGUCAGUGUCCCUGCUCUACCCACUGCCUGGACAGACAUUUCUGCCAACACAGUCCUUUGGGCAGCACAGCUCUGCAAUCGCUAUGGUUUAUCUGUAAUGUCAGCAAAAAAUGCUAACUGUGACGGUCAUGUUUUCCUAAGAUGGACUUUAAUACUGCGUCAGUUAUCAUGAUCAGUUGCCACGAGUCAUUGAGAACUGCAGUCUUUAAAAAAAAAAAGGCCUUUAUUUAAUCAGGGAGUCAUAGUCUGAGCUGGACCAAUGUCUCAUUCACAGAUUAGCCCUGAAUUACAGAAAAUAAACACAAUAUCAAUACAAAAUGAAGGCAGAAAUAAAAACAUGGUCAUAAAAGACAAACACAUCAGUAAUAAUAGUAAUGAUGAUCUGUUUGGCAUUGCAUUAAUGUAUUGUUAAUGGGGCAAUAGGAGAUCAAAUCAGUGAAACGAAGGCAGAGACACUGUCCACAAAAUGAGAUCUCAGGAUUUCAUGGCGCAUUUGUUUCCACUUUGCAAAUUGAAAACACCUUUAGGUCUACAUCACCAUUACCUGACAGAAACAUCUGACAACAUUCAUAAGCAUUCUAUCAUCUAACUUAAAGUAACUGUCCAGGGAAAAGCUCACUUUUAAAAGCUCAUCUGUUCACUGAGCCAAAUAAUGUUGUUGACUCGUCCUACACUUGUAAUUGUGUAGCCAAAGCAUACGUUUUGAGGGGGGACAAAAACACUUCAAAAACAUAUCUGAAACAGACUGCUUAAAAAAUGCUUGCUAUUUCAUCAUAGAGGAGGACGUCAGGUUUUUGGCCGAGACGUCUCAUUGGCUGAGCUGGCCAAUCAGCGGUUUACUUGUCAUGAAUACUUUUAUUGACCGGUAAUACCCCCACAUCAUUCAAACACAGAGAAUUCAAACACAGAGUUUCCCUUCCAAAAUGUGGACGUUAUUUCAUUCAUAUUGUAAUUAAUUAUAGAUCAUAUAAAUAUUUAAUAGAAAUCUGGAGACACUGGACAGCUACUUUAAACAUGCGAUGGUAGAUAGAAAUCCUUUGCAGGUACUGUCAUAUGAACGCCAAGUCUUAGAAAUGCUAAUGAAUACCUAGGCUGUCAUUACAGUGGGUAUCAUAAAUAUUCAUCCCCCUUGGAUGUAUUUACAAAGUGGGAUUGAAAUGGAUGUAAUUGUGAUUUUUUUGUUUUGUUAUUAUACUACAUCAAAUACUCAAUGUCAAAUGAAAAUAAUUCUACAAAUGAAUAAACAUUUUAUAACUCAAAUAUAGUCGUUGCAUAAGUAUUCACCCCCUAAAUUUAGUUCAGCAGUAAAUUUUGGCUCAACAAAUUACAAAAAUUACAUGGACUCACUCUGUGUGAAAUAAUAGAUUUUACAUUUUUUUUAAUGGCUACACCUUCCUCUGUCCUCCAAAUGACAUCUGUAAGGUCCCUCAGUCAAGUAUUGGAUUUCAAGCACAGAUUCAAUUACAAUGACCAGGGAGCCAUAUAAAAAGCCUCAUAAAGAAGGGCAGUGAUUGGUAGAUGAGUAACAACAAAUCAGACAUUGAAUAUCUCUUUAAGCCUGGCCAAAUUAAUAAUUAUGCUGUGGAUGAUGUAUUAAACCACCCAGACACAACAGUUGUCGUUCUGAACUGAGCUGGAGGACAGGAAGGAAACUGCUCAGGGAUGUCACCGAGGCCAUUGGUGAUUUUAAAACUGCUACAGAGAUAAAUGGCUGUGAUGGGAGAAACCAACUAAGGAUGGAUCAACAACAACAACAGUUAUUCCACAAUAAUGACCUAAAUGACAGAGUGAAAAGAAGUCUAUAAAUAUACAGAAUAUUCCAAAACAUGCAUCCUGUGUGCAACAAAGCACUAAAGUUAUACUGCGAGAACACGGCAAAGGAAUACACUUUUUGGCCUAAUUGCAAAGCCUUAUGUUUGGGGCGAAUCCAACACAGCACAUCACUGAGUAACUGCCUCCUUAUUUUCCAGCAUGGCAGCAUCAUGGUUUGGGUGAGCUUGACAUUGGCAAAAACUGGCAUUUUUCAGGAUAAAUCCUAGAGGAAAACAGUCUUCAGUUUGCUUUCCACAAGACAUUGGGAGACAAAUGUACCUUUCAGCAGGGUAAUAAACUACAACACAAAGCCAAAUCUAUACUGAAGUUGCUUACCAAGAAGACCUUUAUAAUGUUCCUGAGUGACCAAGUGAAAGUUUGGACUUAAAUCUGCUUGAAAAUAUAUGGCAAGAUUUCAAAAUGGCUUUGUAGCCAUGACCCCCAACACCUUGACAGAGCUUGAUACAUUUUAAAAAGAGUAAUGGGCAAAUAUUGCACAAUCCAAGUGUGAAGCCAAAAGUGUUUCUAGCAUGUAUUGACUCGGGGUGAAUACUUAUCUAAUUAAGGUAUUGUAUAUUAUUUUUCAUUACAUUUUAAGAAAUGUAAAAAGUAAAAAUCUCACUUAUGCAUUUCAGAGUAUGUUGUGUAGAUCGUUGACAAAAAAUGACAAAUCCAUUUUAAUCUAACUAAAGCAAUAAAAUGUGAAGACAUCCAAGGUGGUGGAAUACUUAUGAUAUCCACUGUACACUGAGUGUACAAUAUUCCUAAUGAGUUGGACCCCCUUUUGCCCUCAGAACAGACUCAAUUGGUCGGUGUUAGGACUCUAUAAGGUGUCAAGCGUUCCACAGGGAUACUAGCCCAUGUUGACUCUAAUGCUUCCCACAGUUGUGUCAAAUUGGCUGGAUGUCCUUUGGGUGGUGGACCAUUAUUUAUGCACGCAGGAAAUUGUUGAGCGUGACAAACCCAGCAGCGUUGACACACUCAAACCAGUGCACCUGGCACCUACUACCAUACCUCAUUCAGAGGCAUUUUCACUUGUCAAUCCAUUAUAAUCAUUCUACAACCCUGAAAAGUACACACGUUCUUGAUAUACCUCAGGGAAAUACAACCCAAGUGUUUUAGAUUGAGUACAUUCAUAGUAAACAUGAUGUCAAAGACAUCUUUUGUACAGCAGGCCCAAUACUUCUCUCUUCCCUAGUCUUGCAAGAUCCCGUGAGGUUUCUAUAACAGAUAUAUGGGUGCAAUUUCUUAUUUGUGAUAGAUACUCUUGACAACUUAUUUUCGACUCUGGAUGGACUGCAUCAUCUGUGUCAGAUUGUGGAUUGAGAUGUGAUCAUUACAGUUUAUGAUCAGAGCUUGUUUUCUGUAUUUCUUUGUUUGUUUUCUGUAAACAGGAAAUGAUGGGGGUUGAUAUUGUCAGUGUUGUUAAUUGUAAUGGCAAAAUAUUUGUUCUGCUUGUGUGAUGUAUUCCUAUACAGUAGGAAACCUUCGAGGCUAUAUAGUGUGGAGGAGUUUAUAAACCAAGACAGAAGGUCAAUAUUUGGGUUGUCUUCCUGAACUUUAUUAUUAUAUCUCAACAGAGAACUGGUCAAAACACAGUUAAAUAUGAUGCUUGCAUGAUAUUCAACUAUAUUGCAUCACAUAGUGUUAAAUUGCACCAACUUCCACGCUCCAAAACUCCCCUUUCAAUUGCAAUUAUGUCCCUAACUAAAAAUAGAUAUAUUUGGGACACCGCAAUGGUCUCCUCUCCUUUUCUUCCCAGCCUGGCUAAGUGUCUGCUCAUCUGGGGCCCAGGUCAAAGAAGAAAUUGACCUCUGACCUCGAGCCCAGUCUGACCAGUAAGCGCAGACCUGGAAUUCAUAACUAUCUAGUACAUCACCACCCAGGCAACUAACAGCAUAAACUGGACUAGAGGAUAGCAUAGCAUUGAGGAUCUAUUCAUGCAGCCAGACACCAACGGUGGUGACCAGUGAUUAAGUGAGUGUGGCCUGUCUGUUGCCUGGCCCCCCACUGGGAGAGUUUUGAGAGGGAGAUUAACUCAUAUCUGUCUACUGAGCACAAAUGGUGGCUCGUCCUCAGUACCCCAGUUUGGUAUUUUCAUUGGAACCCUUGUGAUGAGAUUAAAAGAGCUGAUUACAUGUACUGUGAUUCAAAUGCCAACGAUCGACAGGCUCCUUCACACGCUUAACCGCUUGGUUGGAAUUAAAUUGUUUCUUUAAUGUCUGAUGAUCACAGGCAGAAUGUGCUUUACCUCUUUUUCCCCUUUUAUGUUUUGACACAAAGUUAAUUUAUUCAUGGAAUAUAUUUCUGUAGCAAUGCUUUGUUCUCUCUCGCUUGGUGAUUAACUAUGUUGAUAUGGCUUUUAAACAUAAUUUAGUGUGACUUUCAGUGAUACGGAUGAAUUACAGUUAAAAUCCUGGGCUAGUGAUACCAGGUAAAUACUCUGUUUGAUUAGAAUUAUUCAUUUUCUAAUUUUGUUGGUUCUUCACUGAAUUACAAGUUGUGUAAUGUUGUUUUGGACAGUCAAUGUUAUCUUUGGAGGCUAUUUCUCUAUUUCUUUUCACCCAAAAUUACCUCUAUUUUUGAAGCCAAGAGGAAGCUCCGAUCUUGCGUUGUCUUGAAAUCCAAUUACAAAAAUAAAAAUGUUAUUUAUAUGGCA